AUGCCUCCCAUUAGCCUUCGUCUCGCCCCGCGCACCCCCGCUCUGUUACCACUUCUCUCCCCUAUUCUACGCCAACGAGUCGGAGUUCUCAGUUCGCUAGCCACAUCUUCCACUGAGUCAUGGCUGCAGCUACUGUGCUGGGACGCAGGGAAAGCAGAGCGGCUACAGAGGGUCAUUGACGGUGCCACAUUUGAACCACACCCCGUAUCGGGCGAAAUCGAGCUUCCUGAUGAACUUCCGGUUACAUACAAACGGAUCGACGAUGAGACUCUCAAAGCACAAGUUCCACUCGACGAAUACAGUUUGAUAGUGGUCUAUCUGUGGUGCCCGACAGACGAGGAGGGUGGUGGCCGUGGCUGGCGAGUCGCGGAACUUUUGCCACUUGAGGGACCUGCUAAGGAUGACGAUACCUGGGCUUCUUCCAUCGGUGAGGCCAAUGUUCAGGCAAAGGAUCAGCUCCUGGCUCGGACAAUGAAGGCUGCCGAGGAGGAGAAAGUCCAGGAGAACAGCAUGGAGAACGACGACGACGACGAUGAUGAUUACUGGGCUCAGUACGACUCCACACCCGGAGCUAAGACCCCCGCACCGCAUGCUGGUUCAUCAAAGCAGGGUCCAUCUGGCUUAUCUGAGCAGUCAUAUUUCUCGCAGUACGGCGAUGUGCAGCCGGCUAUGGAUAAUCAUGAUCCCACGGAGGAGCAACCUGAGGUUGGUCCCUCAUCGCUCAACGGAGAUAUGCUGGCCAAUCUCCUGCGACGACAGGUGAAUGGAGACAAUCCAGACGAGCCCCGCACCAAUGGAUAUUCUCCAGACCAUCUCCCCAAUGAUCAGGCCGCACAAGAUUUGAGUCACCCGCGGCCGGCCUCUGCAUCUUCUGGUAGCUCUGAUGCUAUCGCUAAACUGGAACACGAAGCAGAGAGCCAGUCCACCUACGAGGUGGGAGUGAAGCAACAUAUCGGUACGAGCAUCAAGAGUUUGUUCCGCUUGGCAAAGGCCACUGGAAUGCCCCGGGCGGAGUUCCAGGCUUUGGUCUCGAUGGAAUUGGAGCUUUUGAAUAUUACGGACGAUGAUUAA